AUGACACGUAGAGGAAAGACCAUUAUAGUUUCAGGUAACCUUCCGGCCCACUGCAAGGAUGGGAAGGAAGGGGUGUAUGCGCCGUCGUACUCUUCUGUUGGGGCCGCCAUGCUCUAUGGGACGGAGCCAGGCGAAAGGGCAAAGACCACCUUUAUUGGGAUUGCAAGCCCGGAGGGGAUGCCCCCCUAUUCCGAAAUGCAGCCUGGCGAGUUCACGUUUUUGCGCGUAGAAACCGAAAAGCGUCCAAAGGACCUUGUGUUUUCACAGCAUCUUUCGCAGGCUUGCCACUACUCGCUUGGGAAAAGCGCGCUGUUUCCGCAGGACCUGGAGGGUCCGUACAAGGACUACAUGCAGUUCAACCAGGAGUUUUUCGCCGUGCUCAAGCAAAAAUAUGCCCCGCACGACACCAUCAUCAUACUGGGAAAACACCUGCUGAUGCUCCCCAUGCUGGUCCGGAAAGAGUUUCCUUUGGCAAAGAUAGCGCUUGUGUACCUGUGCCCCUUUCCGCCAUACGAGCUUUUCUCCUGCAUACCGUACUCGAAAAACGUUCUGCACUCUCUGAUGGACUGCGACAAGGUGGAGCUGCAGAGCCCGGAGUAUCUCGACAACUUCAUAUCAACUGCAUUCCUGCUUAUAAACGCGCAGAACAAGGAGGUGACGCCCUCUGCGCUCGAGGCCAUCAAAGGGAACUCCAGCCAAGUGCUUGUGGACAGGCCGCAAGGAGAGCCCUGCUCGACGCAGGAGAACCAUCUGCUUCCGUGCGCCGAAGAAAAAACAGACAUGCUUUCUCUCCUCACAACUGCAUACAGAACCAGCUUCUCCACGGCCGAGGACGAGCCCCUAGUGGACACGCUGCGUCCCGAGGAGAGCGCCUCCACCGCACCAGAGGAGUAUCUGGAAGACCUCAUGCCUGUCGUGCGCCGCCUCUCCAAAAAAGCCCCGAGCAAGACAUACAUAGUGUAUGCAGGAGACUCGAGAGUUCUUAUCUCGGUCACCCCCAAAAACGUGCCAAAGGAGUUUAUUUCCCAGAUACAGAAGGCAGACCAGUACACAGAAACCCUGGAAAAGCUCAGAGAGUCCACGCGGGGAAAGAAGGUUGUCCUGCUGGUUGAAACCACGCGGAAAAUAGGCACGCCCACGCACAACCUCUUCUCGGUUCUUAAAUACCUCCAGAAGAACCCAGACACGGGCGUGUACUUCAUCCGGUGCGUGGUGUACGGAGAAAGCGUGGCCUUCCAUAACACCGAGCUGGCAGGCCUUGCCGAAAGAAUCGGCUCUCUCUACCCCAGCCAGUUUUCAACUGUGGUGUUCCCUUCCACAUACCUAUAUUUUGCCUUCCUAAAGAUUGCAGACGUGUGUCUGGCGGGCUCGCCCUCGGACUCUCUGUCUCUGGUGGCCACCGAGUAUGCCGAGAUAAACCCCACAGGCCGGCUUAUUGUGCCAUACUCGUCCGGGAUUUCCUUUGAAAACGCGCUGUACACCUUGAACUGCCCAGACGUCACCUCAGAAGUCAUCAAAAACGCGCUCGCCCCUGCUGAAAGAAAGGCUGCAAACCUGGUGUCCACGCAAAGCUGGCUGCACUCUCUGCACCACAUACUCAGAACAGACCCGCCGUGCACAGAUGCCGAGCACAGCGCAGAAAAAAUCCCCGUGCACAUUUCGCAGGAUGUUUUGCAGAAAAAAGACCGCAUAAAGCAGGCGUAUGUGAAGUCCGAGAAAAGAACCAUUUUCCUGGACUACGACGGGACUCUGACAGACAUUGUCCCCAACCCCAAGGACGCCAAGCCUACUGAAGAGGUUCUGGGGGUUCUGCGAAAGCUUUCUUCCGACCCCAAAAACAGCGUGUUCAUAGUGACUGGGAGAGGCAAGGAGGAGGCCGAGGACUGGUUUGGCGCUCUCAAUGUCCAAAUAUACGCAGAGCACGGCACGUACAAGAAAGAAGGAGGGAAGUGGAAUGCAGUGCCCUGCGACCUCACCUGGAUGGCUGACGCCGUGCGAAUAAUCGAGGAGUAUGUGAGCUACACCCCGGGGUCGCACAUAGAGAUAAAAAACACCUGCGUGGUUUUCCACUGCAAAGAGCAUGGAAAGUGGUGUGCAAACGCCCUCCAGCGGAUGCUUGUGGGAAAGGCCAGGGUUGUGACCGGGAAAAACAUUAUUGAGGUGCGCCCAAGGGGAAUCGACAAAGGCUCCUGCAUAGAAAAAGAGCCGUACUACAACACGUUUACGCUUUGCGCUGGAGACGACGCAACAGACGAGGACAUGUUCAUGGUCCUUCUGGAGGCGCCCAACGCGUACACCGUGUGCGUUGGCGACCGAAGCACAUGUGCGUCCCUGAGAGCGCAGUCCCCCAAGGACCUGAGAGGGCUUCUGGCACAUCUCUGUGAAUAA